GUUAAACACCUGCAUUAUUACAAUGACACUUUGGGGCAUUGAGAUUUGAAACCCUGCAGCCUCAAGUACAUCAGAAGACAAGAGUCAACAUGAAAAGUGAAGAGUGACCACCUUCAUCUAACAGGAUUUUGAGAUAAGAGAGUGAAACUAGUCAGCCUCGAGUAAAACAGAAGAACGGUGUCACCAUGAACAGACCUGUGUUGACCAGCUUUGCCAUCAUCCUGCUAAUAGGAUAUAGCUGGGCUGAAAAUGUCUUGGACCCAGGGCCUGUAUAUAGCAGCACAGGGGAUGAGGUGCAGUUCAACACCAUCUUUAUUCCUCCUCUGCAGGGAUUUAGGAGCAUCAGCUGGGCCAGUGGGGCCAUCAACGUCAUAACAUGGAUCUCUCCAAACAAUGAAAAUGUGGGUUUAGAAUAUAAAGGCAGAGUGAUUUUGAAUAAAACCACUGGGGGUCUGACAAUAAGAAAGUUAAAGCUGACUGACUCUGGAGUGUAUACUUUGACUCUGGUACCAGCAGAUGAGUCACAAUCACUGCAUGGAAGGACUGUAUUAGAGGUGUUUGAUCCAGUGACUAAUGUAACGAUCACGGGUCCAAACAUCACUCUUGUGGAGGGUAAAACCUCAGCUAAAUUCAGCUGUGAUGGAAAUGGUAGCAUCACUACUACUGAGUGGAUAAAGGAUGGUCAACGUCUAUCUGAAAGCGACCGCAUCAUCUUCUCAGCUGAUAACAGAUCAGUGUCGAUCGAUCCAGUGAGCAGAUCAGACAGUGGGGAAUACAUUUGCAACCUCAGCAAUCCUGUCAUAUCUGAUCAGGCAUAUUACAGCAUUACUGUACUCUAUGGGCCUGAUGUAAAGAUACUUGGUGCAGAGAUAUUGGAUGAAGGCUCAGACAUCCUUUUGUACUGCUUAGUGUCGUCUGCACCUACAGCUUCUCUCAUAUGGACAGUAAAUGAUAUGAAUGCUGGAACCUCAGCUUUAUACAUGCAAGAGAACAGCAGAUUGAACCACAGUGGAAUCUAUACCUGCUCAGCCUCAAACCACAUCACUGGAGAAAUGAAAUAUGCAAAACACACCCUCACAGUACGAGGUACCUCUGUGCUGACUCCUGGAGAAAUAGCAGGCAUCGUAGUGGGAGUUAUAUUAGUAGUGCUGUUGGCAGUUAGUAUGUUUUUCAACUUUCGAAACUUCAAAGGCUUUAGAGGAAAUGCACAAAUACAAAAUGAGGAUAAUAUAAAGAAUCAGGACAGACCGAUUCCCAAAAAAACCCAAGUGGAGCAGAAUCCUAUGAAACAAACUGCCUUUAAAAAAACAGAUCAGCUUCCAGACCAAGAGGAUUUUUAUGAGGUGAUUGGAUAUAGCUGGGCUGAAAAUAUCUUGGACCCAGGGCCUGUAUAUAGCAGCACAGGGGAUGAGGUGCAGUUCAACACCAUCUUUAUUCCUCCUCUGCCGGAAUUUGCUCAGCUCAGAUGGAGCUUUGAGAACUUGAACGUCAUAACAUGGAUCUCUCCAAACAAUGAAAAUGUGGGUUUAGAAUAUAAAGGCAGAGUGAUUUUGAACAAAACCACUGGGGAUCUGACAUUACAAAAGUUAAAGCUGACUGACUCUGGAGGGUAUACUUUGACUGUGUUUCCAGCAGAUGGGUCACAAUCACUGUAUGGAAGGACUGUAUUAGAGGUGUUUGAUCCAGUGACUAAUAUAUCGAUCACGGGUCCAAGCAUCACUCUUAUUGAGGAUGAAACCUCAGCUAAAUUCAGCUGUGAUGGAAAAGGUAGCAUCACUACUACUGAGUGGAUGAAGGAUGGACAACGUCUAUAUGAAAGCGACCGUAUCAUCUUCUCAGCUGAUAACAGAUCAGUGUCGAUCAAUCCAGUGAGCAGAUCAGACAGUGGGGAAUACAUUUGCAACCUCAGCAAUCCUGUCAUAUCUGAUCAGGCUAAUUACAGCAUAACUGUACUGUAUGGGCCUGAUGUGGACAUACUUGGUGCAGAGAUAUUGGAUGAAGGCUCAGACAUUCUUCUGUACUGCUUAGUGUCGUCUGCACCUCUAGCUCCUCUCACAUGGACAGUAAAUUAUACAAAUGGUGAGAACGGUGAGAAUGCUGGGAAUUCAGCUUUAUAUAUGCAAAAGAAUGGUAGAUUGAACCACAGCGGAAUCUACACCUGCGCAGCCUCAAACCACAUCACUGGAAAAACAAGAUCUGAAAAACACAUCCUCACAGUAAGAGUAGGUACCUCUGGACUAACUCCUGGAGAUAUAGCAGCCAUCAUAUUGGGAGUUAUAAUAGUAGUGCUGUUGGCAGUUAGUAUUUUUUUUUACUUUCGGCAUAAAUAUAAGAAAAGGACAGAAGAAAGCAACUACUUUAGAAGAAAUGUACAAAAACAAAAUGAGGAUAAUUAUCAAGUGGAGGUGAUUCCUAUGCCAAGAAUAUAUGAAGUCCCAGAUGAUCAUUUUGGGCAGUUUGAUGAACAACCUAAUGUAUUAGGACCAGCUCUACCACCUAAACCAGUAAGUUAAAAAAAGUAUUUUGUU